AUGAAAAAUGAACUUUUUUGGAUCUUUUUUGGAUUCUUUGAAGAAGAGCUACCAAAAUUAGAACUAGAAUCAGAAACAGGAGCAAAAGAAGAACAAGGGCACAUAUUAUUAAAAGCAAAAAUGGUUUUCAGUUAUUCGACAGUAGUUAAUCCGCCAGGAGCAUUUAAUUUACUCAAUGUUUUUGUCGAUUUUAUCAAUACCAAUAAACAUAAAGAGUUGUACAACUAUGCAAAGUCUUUAAAACAAAAUUAUUCCAAACAGCAAGACCAAGAGAUAGAACAAGAACUAUUCAUAGAUCCUGAUGAUAUACAGCGAGAACCAGCAGUAGGACAAGCAAAAUUCGAUUAUACACAAGAAGAACAACAAGAUCAAGUGGAAUUUAAUCCAGAAGAAGAAUUAAAACAAGAACAUGAAGUAAAAUUCUUUGAAGAAGAGCUACCAAAAUUAGAACUAGAAUCAGAAACAGGAGCAAAAGAAGAACAAGAGCACAUAUUAUUAAAAGCAAAAAUGGUUUUCAGUUAUUCGACAGUAGUUAAUCCGCCAGAAAGAUAUAAUUAUAAGCAUAAUAAAAAAAUUAAUGCGAUUCGCGAUGUUUAUGAUAAUAACACAUGGUUAACUGAUUUUCAUAUAUAUUUAUUUUUUGAAUUAUUACAUAAACAAUUUCCAAAUACUAAUGGUUUAAGUCCUUUAAAGAUCUUGAGAAUAAAUGAAAGAUUAAAAAUGCGCAUUCAGUAUACAUUACAAUUUGGUGCAUAUAAUAAAAUGCGUUCUAUUGAAUCAAGUUUAACCUUUGCACAAACAAUCGAAACUUUUCAUAAACUAUCACGAUGUAAACGCCCUAAGUUAUAUAUAAUACAAUAUUAUCAUGAUACAACAAAGGAUUGGAUCGAUUGGGAAGCUGAAUCGUGGAGUUUAUUUAGAAAUUCAGCUACAUUAUCGUCAUCUUCUCAAAAACCACUCGUUUUAAAACUUCGAUAUCAAUUAAAAAAUUAUACACAACUAAGUACAAAUUCUCAUUCAGAUUUUCAUACAGAUGAUGAAGAUACGGUUAUUUCUGACGUGCAAUUGGAACCAAGUCGACAGCAACGACCACUGAAUGUUUUUACUCAUGACGUACGUUUUUUUGUUGACGCACGAAAGUUUCAUGUUUUAGUGACACCUGUUUUUAAAUCGUUUUAUCCGUCAUGCGUAGAAGAGCAGGCGUUGCUUCACAGAGAACAGAAUUUGGCAUUUAAACCAAUCGUUGAUAUACCAAAUAGUUGGAGAGUUGGCGUUUCUCCUGCUACAACAAUUAGAACACGUACAACAACAACAUCUGCAGCAGCAACACAAAGAAGAUUGAGAUCAACAUACAAUCAUUUUGAAAUUGUUUUUCUUUUACCGAGUGAUAUACAUAUAUCAAUAAAUAACGAGCUACCAAAGGAAACAUACCAUGAACCAUUAGAAUGUAUUUCAUCAUUGACAACGAAAAUAAAUAAAAAAAUUUUUUUUAUUCUAUCUGAUACAUUUGAUGUUAAAAAUUUAUUACCACUGAUUCAUAAUCUUAAACAAAUUACUGCAAUUUAUUUAUUUCAGUCUAAAAGAGAUGAUGAUGAUGAUGAACAAUGGUAUAGAAAUUAUCCAAAAUUAUCCGACGUAGCCAAAAAUCCAAUUCAACUUUCUUCUAAAUUAUUACAAGAUAUAAGUACAGUAUCAUCCUCAUCUAUCAAUGAACGCUUGACUCCUCAUUUCCAUAAAAUUGUUGAGCCAUAUACAAUUAUAUUUAAUAAAUUCAAAAAUAUAAAAAACUUAUCAUUGACAACGUUAACUAACAUAGAAGAUCAACAAUUUAUUUGGUUUCAGUUUUUAAUUGAAUCGAUUCAACAUUUACCAAAAAAAGAUAAUGAUGAUAUUGAUGGAUUGAAAAUAUGUUGGUCGACAACAACAUCAGAAAACAAUGAAUACAAACAAGCUAUUAAUAGAUUUCAAAAUACAUGUACAUCAAACAACACAGCAAUAUUAGCUUACCCAAGAUACAUUAUUGCUGAUAUUAAUCAUGCAUUUCGAUCAAACAACAUUAGUAAUAUUUACUCACAUCGAUACAUUAUUGCUGAUAUUUAUAAACAAAUUCAGGACUCAUCUGUUCAUAUUGGUAAUCGAUAUAAGUUAUAUAAUGGACAACAACAGAUACAAACUGAAGAAUUAAAACAUUUAAAAAAUAAUAUUGGUAAACUAUUAUGUAUAACUACAUUUAUGUCAGUUAUAAGUUCAAGUGAUAGUGCACGUGAAAAUAUUAAUAAUGAUGGUAAUGAACCUGUUUUAUUUGAAAUUCAAAUUGACAUUUAUGAUCAUCCUAAACCAUUCGCUAAUAUUACUAAUUAUGUUUCAUUUGGCAACGAUAAUGAAACUGAAUAUUUAUUUCAAAUUGGUACAAUAUUUCUAUUAGAAUCUAUUGAACAAUUACCAAGUGAAAUAUGGUAUAUUAAAUUACAAUUAACUGAUAAAGAAAUAGAUGAUUCAAAAAUACUGUUAGAUUUAUUUAAAAAUGAUUUUGGUGAUAAAAUAACACUUUGGACAUGUGGUAUGUUUUGGGCAAACGUCAAUAAAUGUGAAAAAGCAUUGAACUAUUAUAAUAAACUAUUAAAAAAUUCAUUAUUAUCAAAUAAUCAAAAAAUAACUAUUUUCAAUAAUCUAGCAUUAAUUUAUGGGCAAAAUAAAGAGUUUAAAAAGUCUAGAGACUGUUUUACACAAGCAUUAGAAUUACCAGAACAUUCAGCAUCAUCAUCUGAUUCAAAUACAACAAUUGAAACAAAUGGUGUUAUAUUAAAACAAGCAAUCACAGAUGAUUCAACAUUAUUCACUGUUUGUUAUAAUUUAGGUUGUUCAAUAUAUGAACAGGCUGAACAGAAAAAUGAAGAAAAAAAUACUUUGGAUGUAAAAAAGAGAUAUAGAAAUGCAUUAGAAAAAUUUCAACAAGCAUUUGAACUUAUUAAAUCUAGUAAUCAAACUAUUAAAAUAGCCAAUCUUUAUAAUAAUAUUGGUUGUGUUCAUUAUAGACUUGAACAUUAUGAUAAAGCAUUGGAUUCUUUUCGACAAGCUUUGAACGAAGGACUUCAACUUUCGUCGGAUAAUCAAUCGAUCAUAGUAGAAGAUUAUCUACAUAAUAUAUCUCUUGUAGUUAGGCGUCAAAAACUUGAAAAAUAA